UUCAUUAUCUUAACACAACAACCAUCCCCUCCUCAAGUUACAAGGAAAAAAAAAUGGGCCAGGUCAAGUCCAAGAAAGGGGAGGUGGGGGCUCAAUCAACUGCUGCAGCAGCAUCUAACGAAGCACUUGAAUUCGUAAAAAACAAUUACGCCACCUUUUUCGAGGGUAGCGAGGGUAAAGAAAUAAAGACGUUUGAUGAAUUUUACCAUGCAAUUUUCGAGAUGAUCGAAAAAUUUAGUCUAGACAAAGGGUCCAUGCAAUUCAAGAUACCAUCAAAAGACAAGCUAGAAAAAGCAUUCAAGGCCAAUCAUCCUAACGAUAAGAAAAAUCUAACCAAAGAAGAAUUUGAAAAGAUCAUCACCUCAGUCAUCGGAUUCGACAGUUUCUUCAUCGGCCAGGGCGCGAGAGAUCCUCUCCUCUUCAUCUUUGGUGCUCCCGUCCUUACUCUUUUGGUUAAGAGGUUUAUCCCUGGCCUGAGAUCGAUAUCGGACGACAUCGUCAUCCCUGCCGCCACUUCUGGAUCAGUCAUUAUUCUCGCCAUGACGAAUAAGUUGUAAAUACCAAAUGCACAUCUGCCCUGCAGAGACUAUGAUUCUUGAAUGUUGUGUUCUUUCUCAUGUAUUAAUAUGUUCAAUCGUAUCUAAGAUUGUCGAUAUGUAUAUAUGUGUAUAUACACACGUAAUUUAUCCGAUAAGCUCAAAAAAUUACUUUGUUUUCUA